GUGUGCUGAGACCGACUCACUCCCUAACCUGCACACAAUGAAUGGCUCUGCCGCCUCUCUAACUGCUGCUAUUGGACUACAAUUCCCAGCAUGCCGUGCUGCGGAUAUUUUGUAGGGAAUCGUGCAAGUGUCUCAGAUCACUGCUUGCCUUUAGACUCUAAGUUGCAACAUAGUGGCACCCCAGUUGAGAUGUGCUUUACAAUGGCGAUAGUGCAUGCUGGGAGUUGUAGUUCAUUGCUUGGGGAUGUGCAGCAGUAGAGAGGCCGGAGCUACAGCUGUGGAUACAGGGAGUCAGACUGGAUGCUGGGGGAUUGCAGUUCUGAGGAAUGAGAAUUCAGCCGGUUUGGUAAAACAUCGGUGGAGCUCGAGUGCUGCCUCCGUCGCCAAUAACAGGGACCCAAAACCUCAUGCUCAGCCAGAUAAGAGGAAACCCAAAACGGGGAUCCUCAUGCUGAACAUGGGAGGCCCAGAGACCUUAGAUGACGUCCAUGACUUUCUUCUCAGACUAUUUCUGGACAAAGACCUCAUGACUCUUCCAGCACAAAGCAAACUUGCACCUUUUAUUGCCAAACGCCGCAAACCAAAAAUUCAGGAACAGUACAGUAAAAUUGGCGGAGGAUCUCCGAUAAAAAAAUGGACAGAUCAGCAAGGAGAAGGCAUGGUGAAGCUGCUAGACAAGCUCUCUCCAGCGACAGCACCCCAUAAAUGUUACAUUGGUUUCCGCUAUGUGCGUCCGCUUACUGAGGCUGCUAUUGAAGAGAUGGAGAGGGAUGGGGUGGAGAGAGCGAUCGCCUUUACUCAGUACCCACAGUUCAGCUGUUCUACUACAGGAAGCAGUCUGAAUGCAAUUUAUCGCUAUUAUAAUGCAAAAGGGGUGCAGCCGAAGAUGAAGUGGAGCGUCAUAGACCGAUGGCCGACCCAUCCUUUGCUUAUCCAGUGUUUUGCUGAUCACAUCCAGAAGGAACUGAACAUGUUUCCCGCAGACAAGAGAGGAGAUGUCGUUAUUCUGUUCUCUGCCCACUCAUUGCCCAUGUCUGUUGUGAAUCGGGGAGAUCCAUAUCCACAGGAAGUCGGGGCGACGGUACAGAAAGUUAUGGACAGACUUGGUUAUUCCAACCCCUACCGGCUGGUCUGGCAAUCCAAGGUUGGCCCUAUGGCCUGGUUGGGGCCCCAGACAGAUGAAUCCAUUAAAGGUCUUUGUCAGAGAGGAAAGAAAAACAUCCUGUUGGUGCCCAUCGCCUUCACAAGUGACCACAUCGAAACCUUAUAUGAGCUGGAUAUCGAAUAUGCUCAGGUUUUGGCCAAUGAGUGCGGAGUUGAAAACAUCAGAAGAUCUGAAUCCCUUAAUGGAAAUCCAUUGUUCUCCAAGGCUCUGGCGGAUUUAGUCCUUUCCCAUGUGAAGUCCAAUGAAAUCUGCUCCAAACAGUUAACCCUGCGAUGCCCGAUGUGUGUGAACCCCGUGUGCGGAGAAGCCAGGUCUUUCUUCACGAAGCAGCAGCAUCAGAAUUGAGCGAAACGCGUGGGGGACAUUACUUCCAUACGGCGCCCCUAUGCUGUGUAUUUUCACUUGACAUGGUACUUUUUAUCUGAAAUAUAUGCCUUUUUUUAUUUGUAACUUUUGUUUUCUCGCAUUGGAUGUAGGAGACAAAAAUGUGCUGCUAUAAGAGAACUUAUUUUGCUUCCCCUUUAUUCUUGUGCUGUUUAGAAUUUAACAAACAUGUCGUAGCAUUUAUUUCAAUGGAAAAAGUAAUAAUUUCUUUGUAAAGGAGAGCUAAAUCCUAACAAUGAAUAUUGCUAGAAAUGCUGUAUUUUAUAUACUGAACUUACUGUUACCAGCCCAGAGUCCCAGCAGUCCUAGAAACAGUAAUGAUCCAGACCUUCACAUUUACCCCCAGCAGAUCCCCAUCUUGGAUCUUGUUAGGCCAUCUUGUGUGUGUCAGUGGCACUGCACAUGCUCAGUGAGCUCUGGGCUUCUGUUAAAG